AUGUUGGAACCCUUGGAAGGGAAGAUCAAGCCCUGCUUGAUCCACAGUGACCUCUGGGAUGAGAACAGCGCUGCUAAUGAGACAACUGGGAAGCCAUUUGUCUUUGAUCCAACGACCUUAUACGCCCACAACGAACACGAGAUUGGGAACUGGAGGGCGGUGAGGCAUAGGCUGAGUAGGAAGGAGUAUGUGGAGCAGUAUAAGCGGUGUUUUCCGCCUGAUGAACCUGUUGAGGAGCGUAAUGAUAGGAAUCUGCUGUACUCGCUCCGCUUUGAUCUUUCGGCUGCGGUUCUUAUUCCGGGGUCAGAUCCUCGAGAGAUGUGA